AUGAGUUAUCAUCAGGGAGCUGAGGGUGGAGACAUCCCUAAAGAAAGACAGAAGGAUGGGUCACCAUACAAGGAUCUUGAUGAGAUCAUGGACCCUCACAUGAGUGUCCAUGUGCAUAAAACAGACUUUCCUACACCCAGCUGGGAGUCCACAAGAACACUGGAGAGUGACGGAGAACUAAGCUGCAAUUUGAAGCAUGUCCAGCUAUGUUCAGCUAGUCAUAUGUCUAUGAGUGACCAGUCAGUGAAUUCAAGCAGCAUAGACCCAACUGAUGAUGGAGACCAAAUCAUGGAUGAAAGGAUCCAUCUGGAGAGACCAUUGUCACCAAUCCCCAGUUACCUAUCAAUGAAAUCAAUGGAAAUGCCUAUUGUAUUCAAGGAGGAAGAGGUGACUCAAAGAGAGGAUGUCCAUCUGGAGAGAGCAGAGUCACCAACUUCGAGUUAUUCAUCAGCAAAGAGUCACCAGUCAGAUGAGGAGGACGAGGAGGAGAACUCUGCUCCAAAAGAAAAGUGUAACAGGAGCGUCAUCAGGCCAGAAGAGAUGGUCUGUGAUGUCUGUAAGCUCAAUGCUGGGAAGUCCAGUCUGACCAGCAACCAGUACUACUGUGACACCCAGGUUCUUAAAGAAAAAGUAUUUAAGUAUUUUGGGACUGCACCGCUAACUUUUUUUGUGUGAUUCUUAACACACUUUGUUGCAUCAUUAAUCUUAUGUUAAAUCUAAUAUUUGAUUAGCAGAUUUUGCAAAGUCAUAUCAGAUCAUGUAGAUUGCAAAUGUCAAAGAUCUCAAUGCCUGUACUCUAUUGGACAUUAAUGGGAAAGUUCACCCAAAUUACAACGUGGCGUAUUGGUUUCCAUACCCUGUAAGCAGUCUAUGGAGAAGGUAUGACAGCAACCCAUGCUAUUGGUUU